AUGCUUCGUGGCGCGUCGCCACUGCUAGCCGCCGCGCUAUUGAGGAAUGCGAUCGGCCAUCCCAACGGACUCGCGCGAGUCCACGUUGUCAAAGGGGAUCCUCCCCACAGCGCGGAGGGGGAGCUCGUCGUGAAAGCGGGAAAGGAGGCGUCGCCGAAAGUGCACGCUGAGGAUUCGCUUCCGUCGUUAGACGGUUGGACCUCGCUCGCUUCGGAGCCUCACGUGCAGCUCCAGCCCGAGAUUGAGCCCAUGCCCCUCGUGAGCUUCCAUAAAAUACGAUCCUUCCUAACGUUCAUGGCUGUCGGUGCGGCGGUGGUCGGGGGGUUGUACUUUCUGCUAAGCAUCCACAUCCGUCAUGAGGUGGAAGAAGAGCAAUUGGCGAUGGAGGAAUUGAGGGAGCGCAGUCGCCUUGCCCUGCUGGAACGAGAAAAGUUGUUUCCCGAUUUCACCGCCCCCAACACCUACGAAGAGAUGCAGAGGCUCAUGCAGCAACAGGAGCGCGAACUUGCGGCGCAAGAGGCAGAGAUGAUUUCCUCCGCUUGCAUGCUACACUCGGAAGUGAUAUUUCGCCUUAAAACGUGGUGGAAUCGCUCCCUUGCCCACAUACAGGAUGCUGUGGAUCUUUUUUUCACCACUCUUGAGCAAAGAAGGUCGUCUGGGUUGAAAGGUAAGAUUGAGACGACAUUACGUCAAAAUUCAUAUGAGUUAGUGGAGCUCCACCAAAUCGGUCAGAGCGGGAUGGGGAAAAGGGAUGUUUAG